AUGGAUAUUCUGGACUGUCCGCUGUUAUCGGUGAACGUGCGCGUUUGGCGCUUCUGGUCGUUUGUCCUCAUCCACAACUGGCGGCGGUACAUCAGCAUCAUCCCCGUGACCAUCCUGAACGUGUUCAUGUUUGCCGACCUCUACCGGGCGUGGGGGAACAUCGAAGAGGUCAUCAUCAAUGCCUACUUUGCGGUGCUCUACUUUAAUGCCGUGCUGCGUACCCUCAUUCUGGUGUAUAAUCGGCAGAAGUACGAACUCUUUCUCGAUGGUGCCGCCAACGUCUACAAACAGAUUCGUGACAUCGAUGAUCCAGUGAUAGCGAAGCUCAUCACGGUUUACACGCGUCGAGCACGGGUCCUGUCCAUUUCCAAUCUCGCCCUGGGCGCCUUCAUCAGCGGGUGUUUCGUCGUGUAUCCGCUCUUCACCGGGCAGCGUAGUCUGCCGUAUGGCAUGUUCAUUCCGGGCGUCAACAAUUUCGACUCUCCGCAGUAUGAAAUCUUCUACAUUACCCAGCUGGUGCUUACUUUUCCUGGCUGUUGCAUGUACAUCCCGUUCACUAGUUUCUACGCGACCUGUACCCUGUUUGGCUUGGUACAGAUCAAAACCCUACAGCACCAAUUGCGUACGUUUCGGGCAGAGAAAAUCUCAAAAGCCACACCGAGACUCGAUCGGCAGCUGGAAAAGUUCAUCGAAGAUCACAAGCGGAUAAUUCGUUUUAUUCAAGAUCUAAACGGCCUGGUGACGUACAUCUGUCUGAUAGAGCUUCUGUCCUUUGGGUUGAUGCUUUGUGCCCUUCUUUUCCUGCUCAAUAUUAUUAGUGUGAUGGCGCAAAUUGUGAUCGUUGGCGCCUACAUCUUCAUGAUCCUGUCACAAAUAUUCGCCUUCUACUGGCACUCGAACGAGGUGCGUGAGGAGAGCAUGGGAAUUGCCGAGGCGGCCUACAGUGGACCGUGGCUCGAGGUGGAUAAUUCGAUCAAGAAAAAGCUCCUGCUGAUCACACUGCGCGCCCAGCGACCACUCGAGCUCACGAUUGGAAACGUUUACCCGAUGACUUUGGAGAUGUUUCAAUCGCUGCUAAACGCGUCCUAUUCGUACUUCACGCUGCUCAGGAGGGUCUAUAAUUGA